GUCUGAUUUUUUGUAUGAUUUAAGUUAGUUUCAGACCAUGAGAAGCUGAGAAUGCCUGGAAAAAAGAAAAAAUACAAUGCACGCUUUCCCCCGGCGCGUAUUAAGAAGAUAAUGCAAACAGACGAGGAGGUGGGGAAGGUGGCAGCCCCUGUCCCUGUAAUUAUUUCAAGAGCUCUGGAACUGUUUGCUGAAACUCUUUUAAGUAGAGCAAACGAUAUCACAACCCGUAGAGGAGCCAGAACACUCACUCCUAGUCAUUUAAAACUGUGUAUUGAGACAGAGGGAAGAUUUGAUUUUUUGAGAGACCUUGUAACCAAUGUACCUGACCUCCAGGAGGAAGAAUUUGAAGCAGAGGGAGAUAUUUUGCCCUUGCAACCUAGAGUUAGUAAGCCUCGGAGUCGGGGUGGAAUACAGGCAGGAGGAGCACCGCGAGAACGGAAAUCUAUUGAUACCGUCACACAAAUACCAGGAUCUACGCAGUACAUGACGCAAUUACCCUCCAAUACCUCUACGCAGUCGAUGGUUCGGGGGGUUGGACGGAAACGUGGAAGACCGCCAAAGGCAAAUGGUUCUAAUGGGCCGGGUCGACCUGUCGAGAAGAGGAAGUAUGUCGACGACGAUGAUGACGACGACGUUCAAGUGAUUGACUCCAGCGAUGAUAAUUCUAGGGAGUCAAACGGUGUCAUCGUGGCCAACCCUAUAUAUUCCCGCGGUGCUGAGAGCAGUGCGUUUAUUCAAAUCGACCCUGUGGAAAUCCGUCCAUCUUCAUUUUCCUCUCAUUCCUUCCAUCCGUCCUUACAGCAUAGUUUCUCCUACUCUAACUCACCUAAAGUGACGCCUAGCGGACAGUUUCAGAAUUCAGUGAGCCCCAAAUCCCAUGAUACGCCAGCUAUGUCGGCAUUGACCAGAGUUUCCUGUUUAGCCAGAUCUUUAUCCUCGCCUGCUUUCUCUGGGCUUCCAAGUGGCCGGGAUAAUAAAGUUGGCUACUACCCGGGCAAUAAAAGUGAUAGAAAACUCUUGAAUACUGAGGAUGAGAUGAAAAAGAGUUUGGGACCUAGUUUCAGUUCCGAUGAACUAUCAAGUACUAAUAUGUCAAACGGACCAAGUAGUACACCAACUUGUACAACCAGCAGUGCUACGAAUGGGCCUAAACAUUCUAUCGGCUUACACACACAUGGAACAAUCUCAAUAACAGAUUCUGGUUUCUACACAUCAACAUCAAGUUCACAAAGUUCUAGUUCUUCUUCAGUUUCCCAGGUCUCCAGUAUUCAUUUAAACGGCUCAAAUGGCUUUUCAACUAGCACUUCUACCCCAUCUAAUCCUGGAUUGAUAACUCUGACCCCAGGGGCGCUCACCACGCACAGUAUAGAUGACAAGACUGGUAGUGUUGCUCUUACAAGCGUUAUCAUUCAGCCACUAUUAGAAACUUCUUCACCUUCCUUCACUAUCUCAAGCUUAGAAACCUCAAAUCUUCACAAAUCUUCCAUUGCUGGAGGUUUAAACUCUUCCAAUCCUGGAGGUUCAAGCACAUCCAUUCCUGGAGGUUUAAACUCUUCCAUUCCUGGAGGUUCAAACACUUCCAUUCCUGGAGGUUCAAACACAUCCAUUCCUGGAGGUUUAAACUCUUCCAUUCCUGGAGGUUCAAACACUUCCAUUCUUGUCGAAUCAAACACUUCCACUUGUAAAGGAUCAAAUUCAACAAAUCUUCUAACCUCAACUUCACUCAGCACAGCACAGGCAGAGGAAACAUGUCCUCGGGGGCUACCUCUCCUGGACUCAGGAUCUCACAGUUUUAUCCGGAGCUUAAGUUCAGCUCAGCUAAGCUCGGCUUCCCUAGGCUCCGGCUCGCGAGCCCUCGCUGUCAAAAGUAAACCGCUGAUAAGACGAGAUGUUAUUGAUGAGGAUUAUGAUUGACGAAUUGAAUAAAUUGGUCUUAAGGUUCA